CUUUGCGAACGGCUAUCAUGUUCGCCUGGCCCGCUCUCGCAUCCCUAGUCGUAUCCUGUGCGGCCCUGCAGCAAGCGGCGGACUACGCGUCUCGCUACGAUGGCGUGCGCGUGCUUCGCGUACCCACCGGCGGCCAGGCGGAUGCCCUGAACGCGUUGGUCGACUCGUAUGGCCUGAUGCGUUGGGAUACGCGCGCGAGCCAUAUCGACGUACAGGUGCCGAAGGAUGCGUAUGCGGAUUUCGCGAACGCGGUGGCGAGCUUGGGAGCGAAUGCGACCGAGGGAAUGGAGAUGAUGGUCAUGCAUGAGGAUCUAGGGGCGAGUAUACGCGAGGAGAGUGCGGGGCUGGCGGAGUUCAGGCGGCCUGAGGUGUCUGACCAGGGUCUCGUCGGCCUCGUCAGCGACUCCUGGUUCCUCAGCUACCAUUCGUAUGCUGACCAUCUGCAAUUCCUCGAUGACCUGGUCGCAACCUACCCAAACAACUCCGCCACCUUCACCAGCGGGACUAGCUACGAGGGAAACACCAUCACUGGCAUCAACAUCUACGGCUCGGGAGGCCCGGGCAGCGCACCUGCCGUGGUCAUCCACGGCACGGUGCAUGCAAGGGAGUGGAUUGCAACGAUGGUGACUGAGAACUUUGCGUAUAGCCUGCUCGCGAACUACACUUCUGGCGACGAGGAUACUAUCGGCUUCCUUGAGAAAUACGAUAUCUACAUCAUACCGAACGUGAACCCGGAUGGCUUCAUCUACACGCAAGAAGAAGAGCGCCUGUGGCGCAAGACGCGCAACCCGCCGCCGAGCGGAAGCACUUGCUAUGGCGUGGACAUCAACCGCAACUGGCCGCACGCUAGUUGGAAUCAGUCCAGUGGAGCGUCGACGAACCCUUGCGCGGAGGAUUACAAGGGUCCUUCAGCCGGGAGUACUGUCGAGGUUCAAGGGCUUGCUGCAUUCCUAGACGAGCGCGCCAAUUCGACGGCAGGUGGCAAGAUGUACAUGGAUGUGCACUCUUACAGCCAACUGUUCAUGUCAGCAUACGGAUGGACAUGCAGCCAGGCGACCGUGAACGCUGACGAGCUCAACGCACUCACGUCAGGCUUUGCCGACGCUUUGGGUGAGGUCUACGGGACUGAAUACGACAGCGGACCUAUCUGCCAAACGAUCUAUCCGGUGUCCGGCGAUUCGGUUGACUACGCGUAUGAUAACUCCGGUAUCGUCUACUCUUUUACGCCUGAGCUACGCGACACGGGGAGGUAUGGUUUCGUCCUGCCCGCGAAUCAGAUCCUGCCCACGUCUAUUGAGACUUACGCGGGCUUGCGGUACCUUCUGGCGAACAUGAAGUAGAAGAAUUCGAGAAGGAAAUGGUUGUACUAAUGGACUUUGUUGCCUGUUUUCUGAGCCAUGCUGUAAUAUAUUCGCCUGCUUGUUGCCUGCCCA